AAAUAACGUAUCCUUCUCGUCCUCAACUAACAAAACAAGCAGACUCAAUUGAAUUGAUUAAACCUAAAACUAUCAGAAUCACCAACCCAAAUUCCCCAAAUCCUUCUCUCAAUCCAUCCCAAAAUCCACAUGGAUCAUCAACUCUGAUACUUUCGAUUCCUAAGAGUUUCUCCUCUUUCAGGGUUGCACCGGCAGAGGCCCUACUCAAUCGCCGAUGUCUCUCUCCUUUCACUCUCGUUGCUUACUUGUCCUGUUUUGCUUCAUAGGCUUUGGUUUUGAUUUUGGGCAGGCGUUCAAAGUCCCUUUUACAGUUAAAGAUGUGCUUCCAGUCCUGCCGCGUCAGAUUUCGUGGCCAGUUUUGAACAAUUUUCACAGUGCGGUCGAUUUGUUGCCGUAUUUCGUGGGAUCGGUGACCCCAAAUAAUGAAUCAAUCGAGUGGAAAGGAGCUUGCUUCUAUGGAAACGAGGCACGUCUUGAGUUUACCGAAGGUGAUCGAGAUGAUACGGGCUUGGGCGGCGGCGUUCUCUAUCUCAAGACAUCCGAAGCACACAGCUGGACCUGUAUGGAUCUCUAUGUUUUUGCUACACCAUAUAGGAUUACUUGGGAUUACUACUUCUCUGCUCGAGAGCAUACAUUGGAGUUUGAUUCUUGGGAGGAACCUGCAGAGUUAGAAUAUGUGAAGCAGCAUGGUAUCUCUGUGUUCCUCAUGCCAUCUGGAAUGAUGGGGACCUUGUUUUCUUUAAUAGAUGUGUUGCCACUAUUUUCUAAUACUGUCUGGGGUCAGAAUGCUAACCUUGGUUUCUUGGAGAAACACAUGGGUGCGACAUUUGAAAAGCGUCCUAAGCCUUGGCUUGCAACUAUUAAUCCUGAAGAUGUGCAUUCUGGGGACUUUUUGGCGGUAUCAAAGAUUCGUGGUCGGUGGGGUGGAUUUGAGACAUUGGAAAAGUGGGUGACAGGGGCAUUUGCUGGUCAUACAGCAGUUUGCUUAAAGGACGAGAUCGGUAAUCUUUGGGUUGGUGAAUCAGGACAUGAGAAUGAAAGGGGUGAAGAAAUUAUAGUCGUGAUUCCUUGGGAUGAAUGGUGGAAUUUCGCUUUGAAAGAUAGUUCCAAUCCGCAAAUAGCCUUGCUUCCUCUUCAUCCUGAUCUGCGUGCAAAGUUCAACAACACUGCGGCAUGGGAAUAUGCUCAAAGCAUGUCAGGCAAACCAUAUGGUUAUCACAACAUGAUAUUUAGUUGGAUUGACACGAUUGCUGACAACUAUCCACCACCUCUUGAUGCUCACUUGGUUAUUUCUGUCAUGUCUAUGUGGAGUAGAGUGCAGCCAGCUUAUGCUGCAAAUAUGUGGAACGAAGCGCUAAAUAAACGGUUGGGAACUGAGGGUUUAGACUUGUACGGAAUCCUAGCGGAGACUGAACGGCGUGGCCUAGCUUUCGAUCAAUUACUAUCCAUUCCAGAACAAGAUGAAUGGGUCUACAGUGAUGGAAAAUCGACAACAUGUGUUGCCUUUAUUCUUCAGAUGUAUAAAGAGGCUGGAAUUUUCAGUUUCCUUUCAAACUCUAUUCAAGUAACUGAAUUUACAAUUCGUGACGCAUACAUGCUUCAGAUCUUCGAGAAUAACCAAACACGCCUGCCAAAUUGGUGCAACAAUGGGGAUGGUCGGCUCCCGUUUUGCCAGAUCCUUGGCGAGUACUGGAUGGAAUUGCCCCAGUAUAACACCAUAAAGCCGUAUGCCAACAUGAAUGAGAACUGCCCAUCUUUACCCCCCAGCUAUGAUAGGCCUGUAAGAUGUUAAUAUGUUAAUUUGAACCGCCCAGGUUUGUUAUGGUUUUCCCACGCACAUUGCAUAUUGCCAGUUAAGCUUGUGAUAAGUUAUUACCAAUCUCCUUUAAGCAUCUGUCCCAAACAAUUCAAAAAUAUGUUAUUUGUUGUUCCCGUGUAACCAACUUCAGAUAUUCCUGCUGUAAAUAUAUUUAUACUAUCCUCUUAAUGAGUGUUUCUUAAUUCCUACCA